CUUCACAUGCUACUGUAAUCACAAGGACAAGGUUGCAGUGUAACCGCGCUACUAUUAUAGUUUUUCCAUUAAGUUUGAAUCGCUUCUUAGACUCGCGUCUCCAACCUUCGGUUGCCGCUACCGCCGGUGGCUGUGGCGGCUUUUGAACUUGCGGAAAAGACCAGUCAAGUCCGCACGUGACUGCUGCUCCGAAUCCAGAAAGCUUGAGACUUGAAGUUGCUUGCGUUCCUGACGAACGUACCACAAAGACAGCCUAAGCAAGAGUAGCGUAAACGAAAUACUACGAUUGACUGAAUAACCGGCUUGUCUCACACACGUCGGUGCCAGCCGACUCUGACAAACGAGAUUGUGUAAGGCUGAAUGCGCGGGCAUGAUCACCGACCGCAUGCUGACGGCGCGUUGCUGGUCGUAAAGAGAACAAUGCUCAUAGAGAGAUACGGAUGCAGGAAAUUAUAGCAGACCGAGUCAAGGCUGUCUCAAAGGUGAAGCGUUGAUACAGUUCUUGUGAAUACCCCGAGCGAAGUGCUUAAAUAUAAUAAUACGCAUAUUAGACAGGUGGCAGAAGUUAUUGGAGGACCUGACAUUUAUGCUGGUGCAUAACCUAAGCAAAUCUUGCGUGGCCUAAAAAGACGACACGGUGCUCGUAGGCUUCGUUGGAAGCAAGUAAAUAGAUUAUGCAAGUGCCAAAACGCUGAGCGAAGACAAAGGGGCAUUUGGGACAAUUGUGUUGUGUAUGGUGCCGUUAGUGGAUUUUGACAAAGCAAUCUUAACCAAUUCCGUUCUAGGAUUCAUAGUUAAUGACAUCGUUUAGGACAACUACUACAUCAGACAACGGCGACCCGAUGUGUGAAUCAACGAUUGUUCUACCGCGGCCCAAACGACGGUCAUCUGUCCAAGUGGAAAAAGCUCUUGUUGAGAAGGUAUGUCUAACGAUUCGAAAGCCCAACGAUGACGAAGACGGGUCAUCUAAUACGUCCACAUCGGCGAGGUCGCCAAAAAUUAAAGAAAACGAAAAGCCUGAGGCGGGUCGCCUUCAAAAGCUCAAAGAAUUGCGUACAGCAUUCAGUAUGCUAGACGCUAAUCAUGACGGGCGGGUAUCACUAGAAGAACUGGAAGAUAUGCUGUGCAGAAUGGGAUUCAACAUCCCGCACGAGACGCUCGACUUGCUGCUGCAAGACAAGGCAACGUCACCUGAAGGACAGGUGAGUUUGAACGAAUUUGAAUUUCUUCAGUGGAUCGACGAUAUUCUAUCGAAGGAUGCAGCGCAAUCGGGGGCGGAAGACGUCGAUCAGGACAUAAUUGCGGCAUUCAAGAUAUUUGAUACGGAUGGCGAUGGUUUCAUUACACGGGCAGAGCUUCGAAGAGCAAUGGAUACAAUCGGAGAAAAGCUCACCGAAGAGGAGCUCGACGACAUCCUUCGGCAAACGGAUGCUGAUCGAGAUGGACGCAUCGAUUACCAAGAGUUUGCGGCAGCUCUAAUGUGAAUAUACGUAGGCGUCACAUGCUCGCCCCCAAAAGAUGAAUGUGAUCGCAUCGAUUGACGUCUCUU